UGUUGAUGGUGCCCCAUAUGGUGCCCAUGUCCCUAAUGGUGAUAGUGCCCCAUAUGNUGCCCAUGUCCCUAAUGGUGAUAGUGCCCCAUAUGGUGCCCAUGUCCCUAAUGGUGAUAGUGCCCCAUAUGGUGACCACGACCCCGGUGGUGACCAUGUCCCUGGUGGUGCUGGUGCCACAGGUGACGACGCUGCCCCCGCUAAUGCCCACGUCCCCUGUGACGACGGCCUCCCCGGUGGUGUCGGUGUCCCCGGUGGUGCCCGUUCCCCCGGUGCUGGUGGUGACGCUGCCCCUCGCCCCGCAGAGAAGCCGGCGACCCCACAGUGCUGGACCGAAGGGGAUCAGGUGCAGGGAGGCAGCGUCCUGCUGCGCUGCUACAGCCGAGGAGGGGCCGCACCGCUGGCUUAUCAAUGGGCCAAGCUGGCAGAUGGGUACGGAGGAGGACGGCUGCCCCAUGGGACCAUCCAAGGCCGUGCUCCAGGUGACCUCCUGAUCCGCAGCGUGUCGGAGGCCCACGCCGGGGUCUAUCAGUGCCGCGUCAGCAACCGCGUGGGAUACGCCACCUGCCAGAUCACACUCAGCCCCUCGCAGAGU